UUCUAGCCCCUGCAACAGGAUACAAUGAUCAAUGGAGUCAAAUGCAGCACUGAGGUCCAGCAAGACAAGAAAAGAGAUGAGUCCUUGGUCCGAUGCAAGUAGAAGAUCAUUCACCAGUGCUCUUUCUGUACUAUGAUGUGCUCGAAAUGACGGGAAGUACUCUAGCAAAGCAUUGUUUUGUAGAAAGUCACAUAAUUGAUUUCUCAAGGAUCUCAGAGAGGAAGGGAACAUUAGAGAUAAGUCUGUUGUUAGCUGAUGGAAGAGAAGCCUUCCAAGCAGGUAUCGGGGCCCACUGCUGCAUCCAAGAUUCCUACAUCUAUGGAGGGGUCGGCACUGGUUGAAGGCAGGAGAUCAUACAUUUUCUCUUUGAUAAUCAGAAUCUAUUUUUCUCUAUUAAUAAUGAGUAGUAAGAUCCUUUUGCGUUACAGAGAGACUUCCUUUAGGUUUUAAGGCUGUCUUGCCAAACAGGCCUAGAUCCAUUUGAUUUGGUGGAACGCCCUAACCAUUCAAGUUUCCGCGCAGUUUGCUCUAAGUUCCGGGUUUGAGGGUUAUACCAAGGAGCAAACUUCAUUCUUGUUGCCAUUCUACUUUCCAGAGGAGCAAUAGCGUCAAGUGCCAUUCUCAAAGAGCCUGUAGCAGUAUCAUCGAUCUGGGACAGACUGAAGUUUUCAGGAAUCAGGAAUCAGGAAACAUUUAUUGCCAUAAUAUGUCAGACAUACAAGGAAUUUGACUUGGCGGUUGGUGCAUAACAGCAGACAGUACGAGAGUGGACUACAAGACAACAUAGUGCGAGGAAUAAAAUAAAAUAUAAUGCUAUGGGUUACUUUCACAGGAGUCUUCUGAUAUGUUGAGACAGGACACUGAACUUAGAGCAGAAGGAAUGGGUUCUUUAAAUGAGGCUACAGCGGUAUCCGAUAAGCAUCGACUGUAGAAACCCUUGGCAGGAGGAGGAGAUUCCGGUAGUAGAAGUUCAAAGGUUAUCAGACAAUGGUCCGACUGUGACAUCCAUCACAUCAAAAGGUUUUUUGAUUUUUGGGGAGUUCUUCCUGUGCUGAUAUCAGGGUUUCGGGACAGAGGUUGUUGCAUGUGUACAGACUGUAAAGCCCUUUGAGACAAAUUUGUAAUUAUGCACUUAUUGUACGUCGCUUUGGAUAAAAGCGUCAGCUAAAUGACAUGUAAUGUAAUGUAAUGUAAUGUAAUGUAAUUUGCAAUUUUGGGAAAUCCGAAAUAAAAUUAAAUCUGUCUCACUCAUGCUGACCGAUCUAACAAUAGCCACACAGCAGCAGAAUGGAAACAAAUACACAAUGGUUACAAAAAAACGUUUAAUGCACUCUAUGGAAGCUACGUAUUAACAAGUACAAAUACAAAAGGUUGCCCGAAUACUAAUAAUAACAAGCAGUAGCGGUAACCAAACAGAACCCCAACGCUGAAUACCGUGAGUGCAAAACGAGUCGAUAUGAAAAAAAACAACGAGCCUCUCAUCUGUCCGAAGAGAUGGAACAAUCACAACUAAGUUGUGACAGAAAUUCUGACUCGGGUGACUUGCACUGUUUGGAGUCAGCCAGGGUUUCUUCUGAAUGAAAUGAAAUGGGUCCAUUAGUAAGCAGGAGUCGAUCGCUAAUUAGCACUUUUUCUGUUCCUAUGGCCGACCGUGCAUGCGUGGUGACCUGACAUUAUUUUGUUUUCCAAUGCCAGGCGAUCUAUGAACACUGCCUUGGUGAUCGACCUGAUCCCCCUGGUCCAACGCAUACGCGCACUCACAAAGUGCAACCCCCCAGUGGACUGAUUAGGAGUAGCAGCUACUUUUAUAGAAAUGCAAUGUCUUUCCGUAAUUCUCACAAUAUCAAAGUUAUCCGGUGGGCCGCACUAGACCCCCGGCAGGACGGAUUUGGCGGGCAUUGAGUUUGACACCGAUACUUUAUAUAGUUGGAGGGUCUACGAUGCCGGGAAAAUACACAAAUGAAGAAAACUUGCGAUGAACCCUGUGCGAACAUCAAGGGGAAAGUUUGUUGACAUGGUCACCGUAUUUUUACAGGUUUUAGCAUAUAUGAGGAUUAAGUUAAACCUCAGUGAACUAUUAUGAGUUUUCUUUAAAAUGUUUGUAUUUAACUUCUCAGCUUCAUUCAGCUCAGCUCUGACCUUCUUAUUUGCUCUUUAGCAGCUGAAUCUAAAAAUAACCCCAGGCUAGACAGUUACUAACUGUCAACCCGUUUUUUACAUUAAACAUGGUGCUGCACGUUCAUAAAAGCAUGUAACAUAAGAGGUCAGCUGACCAACAAGCUCAUAUUUCAGGUCCUAAAAUAAACAUUAAGUAACUAAACCCCUUCACAGUGACAUGUGCAUUCUCCAUUACAGAAAGAGGAUGAACUGACAGAAGACACAGAUGAGUUUGGAGGAUUAACUUAAAUUCUGGAAUACAGUAUAUACGCCACAGCUCCACCAUGUCGGCCAACAUAUCCCGCUCUGAGGCCUUGGAGGAUUAUUCUCUCUACAGUAACCUAAAUGAUGAAGAGCUUCUGCAGCUCGCCAUUGAGCGCAGUCUGACUGACACACCUUACAAUACUUGUGAUCGCAUGACUUCUAAAACUGCCUACAAAACUCCUCCCCAACCCAACAGCAGCAGCCUGAACCCUGAGGCCAGAGCCAGGAAUCCAUCAAGGCACAGCUCCCAAAAUCCCCAUGCCAACUACAGCUCCCACAAUGCAACCUCAGCCCAAGCCACUGCAAACUACAGCUCUCCAAAUCCUCCAAGGGAGGAGCUUCCCGAUCUAAAGACGUUUGACGGGACAGUCAGUCAUUUCAUGACGGGUUCUGGGAAGCGCAUGGUGGAGUACCGCAGAACUGACGGCAGUCUGGUCGUCAUCGCUCCAGAACCUGAAUUGGAGGAGGAGCCUCUGUUCAAAGCAAUCCGUUUAGGUGAUGCGAGCCUGGUGAAAGCGCUGACAAUGGAUCUGGGAACCAACCUUAUGCUGCCUAGUAAACCGGGAUGGUUAGCGAUCCACCAGGCGGCGUGGUGCGGUCAGGACACCUGUCUAAGAAUCCUGCUGUCAGCUCAGCCCGGGAUGAUCAACAAGAGAACUGAGCGCGGUGAGUCUGCGCUCUUGGUUGCUGUGAGCAGAGAUCAGCUAGAGAGUGUUCAGGUGCUUCUGGAAAACGGAGUCGACCCCAACAUCCCAAAUUAUGAGAAAGAGACCCCUCUUUACAGAGCUUGUGAGAGGAACAUCCCUGCGAUGGUGGCAGCGUUGUUGAACCACGGUGCGGUGGUUAACUCUCCUUGUAUUUGGGGUUGCACUGCCUUGCAUGAAGCCUCAGGUCAAAACAACGUGGAGAUUUGUGAGAUGCUGCUGAAGGCCGGAGCUAAACACAAUCUCACCAACAUGUAUGGCAUCUCACCGCUGUUCAAUGCAGCUCAGAGCGGGCAGCUGGCGGCCCUGCGCGUCCUCCUCAAACAUGGUGCAGACAUUAAUUCUCAGGCUGCUGAUGGAGCAACAGCUCUGUACGAAGCUGCUAAAAAUGGACAUGAAGAAAUUGUGGAGUUUCUCCUCUCUCAGAACGCCAACGCCAACAUACCUGGAAAGACAGGGUUGUUACCGCUCCAUGUGGCUGCUCAGAGGGGAAGUGACAUCAUCGUCUCCAUGUUGAUCUCGGCCACAAGUAAGACCAGAGUCCGGCGGACUGGAAUUAGCCCGCUCCACCUGGCUGCUGAGCGUAACCAUGAUGACGUUGUGGAGCUUGCGAUCGAGGCAGGCUUCAACGUCAACUCUCAGCUGUCUGAAGAACGGUCGAGGCUGUACCAGGAUCGCCGCAGCACAGCACUUUACUUCUCCGUCAUCAACAACAAUAUCCACGCGGUGCACAUGCUGCUGGAGGCCGGUGCUAACCCAAACGUGGACCUGUUCAGGCCGCUGUUAGUUGCAGCGAGACAAGGCUGCAUCCAGAUUGUCACUCUGCUGGUGGAGCAUGGAGCCGACAUCAACGCCUCCCUCCCCACACAUCCCACCACCUUCCCCGCAGUCUACAUGUUCUCCAUGAAGAACCUGCCAAUGUUCAAGUUCCUGCUGGACCAUGGAGGUCCCGCCCUGUCCUGCUUCAACUGUAUCUAUGGGAUCCGACCCCAUCCAUCAAUCAAAACCACGCGUACAGUGAGGGACCUGUCUGAGACCGACAGUGUCCCCCAGCAAAGAGGCAGUGUUCAGUUCUGUGAGAUGAUUUCGGCAGCUGGUAUCCAUCGCUGGGCGGGGCCAAUCAUUGACGUCUUAUUGGACUACGUUGGUCAUGUGACCCUGUGCUCUAGAAUGAUUUAUCACCUGGACAGUUACUCUGACUGGAGCAACAUCAAGGAAAAAGCAACCCCCCCACGCCCACUGCUGCAGCUCUGCAGGGUGCAGAUUCUGCAGCUGGUUGGACAACGUUGUUUGAAGAAGUUGCCGCUGCCUGGUGGUCUGAUCCGCUUCCUGCAGCACCAGGAAGGAUCUGUGGAGGACUGCUUGCAGGAAACUUGAUGUGUUUAUCCAGUUGACUAAAGUGCUAUUGGUAUUGAUUAGUUUUUUUUAUAGUCUGUGUUGUUGUUUCCAGAGUAAAUCCAGGAUUUUAGGACACUUUCCAGGUGUUUGUAGGUUUCUCCUGUAAGAAAAGCUCCUGAUUUUCCUGCAUUAUCACUGUUCUCUUGUUUCUUUGGUACGUAAUCCUGUUGAUGCUUUUUGUGAUCUGUGGAUGAAGAUUUGCACAGACAAUCGGAAAAUAUUAACCUAGUCUCUGAAUCAAA